UUUGGUAACUUUUGAACUGAACUUUAUUCAUGAUUGAUGAAUAAUGUUAGAGUUCAACGUCAGAUGCGUUCUUUACAAACACAGAGUUAUUUACAUGGAGCGUUUAUUUCAUCUACGGUUACUAGUAAGAUGAGUACCAUGAGUUCUGCAAAGCGAGGUGGAAGAAAAAAUGCAAAGAAUGUCAAAGGAAAAAGAGGUCAAGGCUCUAAACAGGACAGCAGGCGUGAUAGGUUUGAAAGCGAUCCCAGUUCAAGUUUCGCGUCAGGCGUAGAUAUCGAGGAAGAAGCUCUUCGUAGAUUAACUCUUAAAGAUAAUCAGGACAGCACUAGAAAGACUGCAGAAUCAAUUGGGUCUGAUGAAGAGGCAGUAGAAAAUGAAGAGUCAGGGAAUAGCACAUCGGGUAAUGAAGAUGAUGAACCUCCAAAGUCUGAUGAAGAAAAACGUAUAACUUCCGUUGCAUUUCCUGUGGCGAUGUGGGAUUUGCAGCACUGUGACCCGAAAAGAUGUUCUGGCAGAAAAUUAGCUCGACUUGGUUUGGUGUCAAGUCUCACUUUGGGUCAGAGAUUUAAUGGGUUGGUACUCACUCCAGUUGGGAAGAAGUGUGUUUCACCAGAAGAUUCAAGUAUAUUGUUAUCCCAUGGAAUUGCAGUAGUAGACUGCUCAUGGGCUAAGCUUGAAGAGACCCCUUUCAAUCGCAUGAAAGCAGCACAUCCAAGACUACUUCCAUACCUAGUUGCCUGUAAUCCUGUUAAUUAUGGUCGGCCAUGUAAGCUGUCAUGUGUGGAAGCUUAUGCAGCAACAAUGUAUAUAUGUGGAGAAAAAGCUGCUGCUAGGUUAUACUUGAGCAAAUUUAAAUGGGGCAAAACAUUUAUAAAUGUGAAUAAAGAAAUUUUAGAUAAAUAUUCUGCAUGCACAAAUAGUACAACUGUUGUAGAGGUGCAAAACAAAUAUCUACAGGAAUUAGAAGAGGAAUCCAGGAAGAAGAAAGAUGAAAUAGAUCUUCCGCCAUCAGAGUCAGAAUCUGAAGAAAGUGAAGACUGAUAGUCAAUUUUAAGUAAAACGUUGAGUUGACACCUUUGUUACAUAGUCAAUUUUAAGUAAAACGUUGAGUUGACACCUUUGUUACAUAUAUGUAUUCACUUUCUCAAGAGAUGAGAAUGUACCUUAUGUACAAUAAUGUUAUUCAAGCUCUAACCAUAUUAUUGAAAACCAUUAGAAUUUUGCAAAAAAUCUGGUAUAUUUUUGUACAUACUGGGUAAAUAGUAUUUUGAGAGAAUAUUUCAGACUAGGAAUUCAAAAUUGAGCCUUGUAUAUUUUGUGGUCUUUGCCUUUCAGUUUGUAAUAACCAAAGCCAUAGUGCUCUUAAAGGCAGAAUUUUAUAUAAGUAACUUACCAAGUAAUUACAUAGCUAUCAGUUUCUAGUAUCAGCAGCUAAAAUUCAAAAUUUGCAGUAGCAAUUCUUUUGUUUUAGGUGUAGGUAACGUCCCCCCACUCUCGGGAAGAACAACAACUAAGCCAAGUGUUUCAAUUUUGUUUCUGCCAGUUUACGACGAGAUUGUGAGCUGCAGCUGAUUUGAAAUUGAAGUUCUUUGCUAGUUUCUUACUUGGAGACUUGGUAAAGUAGUAUGUACUUUGUUCUCGGUAGCCUUUUGGCAAAUAAUUUAGUUACGGAUUUAGAUAAUCCUUUGAAUUUGAUACAUUUAAGUGACUUUUCCUAAAACCGAUUUAUCUUUAACCGACGAUGUCUUGACACUAGUUCAUCUUGCACUUGUUAUUGCAUCAAAGGCUGCAGGACAAGACUAACCUCUGCAAAAUAUAACAUGCAUGCAAUUUGCACUUACGUAUUGUAGAGGACAAAUUUGUUCUUUAGAAAAGUUUUGUGUUGAAUGUAAGGGCUGCGAUAGCAAGCAAUGGAAAACAUUGAAUUCUCAUCUAUCAAAAUUAGCAAGGGAUAUACAGAGAAACAAAUAGUAAGACAGGACUAUGACUAGUCUGGAAUCAGCUAGGUCAUCCACUUAUGUUCCAAUCUGUCUGUUCCUGUAAUUUCACCCAUUCCCAGUCCUUCAACUGUUCCACCUAAUUCUUGUCCCAGCUCCCAGGUUCUUGACUCCAACACCAUGGCCACUUGAGUGUAGAUUCGACCAUAAGUUUGAUCUGUUGUUUCAUACAGUGUCACAGUUAGGUGAGUCUGUGAAAGCGCUUAUGGAGCACAAAAAUUAAGUGAGUGAAGUGCAAGUGGAGGAGCUGGCUAUCUGUCCUGCCAAUUCUCCUAGGCAUAGGUCCCUGCCAUACUUCCCUGUACCAGGGAGAAGCCAUAACGGAAGUCCAAGAGAGGUUGGUAGGUUUCGCCCAUGGGCAGUUGGUCCCUUAGUCUCAUCUGUUGUCAAAUUGCAGGUGAUGACAGCAGACAGCCAUUGGAAAGGUGUCUUUGUGGAAGUGCACUGUCUUUCCUCAAAAUCUGAGGCAUCUAGCCCCAAACGGAGACACCAGUGGUGCUUUAGUGACACGUCGAGACCAUUGAAAAGGUCUGCUACUGACUUAUCCUCUAUGCCAGCAGUUCUGUGUAAAGACUAAGGAAGCGGUCCCAUCAUGUAGUUUAUGGGACAGCCCAGAGAGGUUCUCACCCAGAUGCUCUCCCCCAGUUCUGAGACGGAAACACUCAUCAGCACCAAGCAGUGGAGCAGUCACUGAAUGCCAGCUAGUUCCAACACACCAACCGUACAUUAGUGCCAAAGCAUCCAGCUUCUUCCAGGCACUUGGAAACAGUGAAGUGCCCAGUGGUGGCAUAGUGUCCUCUGGCAACAGAACGCCUAGCGACUGUUGAAUGGACAGUAGCAGUAGAGUAGCUAGCUCCUGCUAAUUUGGAGGAUCACGACUGCACUUUUGCUACUUCGGCUAGUUCAGCACCAGCUCCAGAGAUCAUAGCGAAUUCACCGGCUCAGCAUGUAACUUCUGUAGCAGUUCCUGUUAGUGAUCCUAUCCAACAUAAGCUAGAUUGUAUUUUGGGUUAUUUGAAGAAACUUUCCUCUGUCAUGAAACCUUCUAAGGACAUUUCCCUGUCUCCAGUGUGAUCAGCAGAAGAGGAAGAGGAUAAGGUACCGGAAGAAGAAUUUCCUUUGACAGCAUAUGCAGCAUUGCUAAGGUUUUUACUUCGUAGCUACCCUGCCUUUUUCUCUCCAGCAGCUCCGAUUCUCCAGAUUCGAUGCUUCAGCUGAGUGUUCAGUCUGACUCAGCCAGGUUACCAAAAAUGGUGUUAUCAACUUCAGCAAAGAAGGCAUUAAGGAAUGUUGACACCUGGUUGGCAGACAAGAGGGAGAAAAUUAAGGCUUGUUAUAGCUACCCACCUUCUCAUCUUCUUAGUAGGAGGAAUGUAUAUUAUGCGACCGGAGAAGCUCCUUCCUUGGGAGUUUCUGCCUCCUCUCAAGGGCACUUCUCCAGCCUCAUUGAUUCAGCCUGAACUAAGGUAAUGUUUUCUUCAGCAGAGUUAGAUAAUUUUAUGAAGAACACCUUCAAGAUUUUGGAAGUCAUUAGCUUCUUGGAUUGGUUAGUUUGGUUAGUGGCCAAGAAAAGAAAAGCCCUCUCUCUCUCUCUCUCUCUCUCUCUCUCUCUCUCUCUCUCUCUCUCUCUCUCUAUUAAGAAGACAACAACCAAACAUACAUCUGAGAAGUGAAGGCAACCUCCUCUGUGCUCCAGAAGGUGCCAGGCUCCAACAGUUUUGAGAAGAAUGUAGCAAGAAGGGGCAGAACCAUGGGUUGUAGAAGUUUUGAGAUUCAGGUACACGAUACCAUUUCUCGAGAAGCCUCCUUUAGUCAGGAAACCCAUUGUCUUGACUGCCUACUCAGUAGGCUCAAAGAGGUUUUCAGCUCUCGCUGAGGAAGUACACUCCCUCCUUGUGAAGAGGGCAAUAGAGCAAGUCGCAGAUGAAAGCUCCGAAGGUUUUUACAAUCAAUUGUUUGUAGUGCCAAAGUCGACAGGUGGAUGGUGACCGGUUGUGCUAGGGAGAUUGGAUGGUAUCUGUAGACAUGAGAGAUGUGUACUACCACAUCCCAGUACAUCCAAUGUGAAGGAAAUACCUAAGAUUCAUCUUUCAAGGUCAAAUCCACCAAUUACGGGCUCUCAGUUUUGGUCUGUCGACAGCUCCUCAAGGCUAGCUACAUUUAAUGGGAGCUCCUUCAAUCUCAGAUGAAGGAACAGUGCACAUAGGAUUUAAGAAGAACACUUCUACUGACACAAGAUCUUGGUUUAUUAAUAAACCUUCAGAAGUCUCAGCUGAUUUUAUCUCAAGAGAAAGCAUAUUUAGGGAUGAUUCUGAACUCUCAUUUUUUUUUUAGCUUUUCUGUUUCCCAAAAAAGUGAAGUCUUGCCUUCGUACAAUAGACUAAUUUCUCGCACUACAAUCUUGUUCGACCAACAAGUGUCUCUAUGGAGGCUCCAUAUAAGAGUUUUUCACUUUUAUCUCAGGGCCAACUGGGACUGGAAGAGUCAGCCCAAUUCGUUUGUGUUCCCAGCAACAAAGAAAAUCAAGGAACAUCUGCUGUGGCAGAAGUCAGAAGUAAGAUUAAAGGAGGGAAAGUCUCUACAUCCCCAGAACCCCAAAUUGAGCUUUUAUGCUGAUGUGUUGGACUUAGGCUGGAGAGCUCUCCUAGAAAACAAAGAAGUAUCAGGAAUAUGGUCAGAGGAAGAAAAGGAGUUGCAUAUAAAUGUGAAGAAGCUAAGAGCAAUUCACUUAGGUCUCAAGAUGUCUGGAUCAGCAGUGCACAGCAAGAUAGUAGCAAUGCACUUUGACAAUGCUGUGGCACUGUCCUUACAUCAGCAAACAAGGGGGAAUGCACUCAUUUUCACUAUGUGAAGUAGCAAGAGACCAACUUCUAUGGACCCAUCAAAAUCAGAUGACAAUAAUGACAAGGUCUGUACAAGGAAGACAACGUCCUGGCAGAUCAGCUGAGCAGGCUCAACCAGGUGAUCCCCAUGGAAUGGACACUGGAUUCGAUGGUCUGUGAGUCCCUUUGCAAGUUGUGGAGAAAACCAUCGAUCAACAUCUGUGCGACACAGGAAUUAUCGCCUUCCCACAUUUUUCUCUCCAGCACCAGAUCCUCUAGCGUAUGCAACAGACGCAAUGCUACACAUGAUUGGUCAGACAAGUUACUGUAUGCCUUCCCUCCCUUUGGGAGGAUAAGGGAGGAAGUGAACAAAUUUCUAACACAGGAAAAUGUGUCAAUGAUUUUAAUUGCCCCGUUUUGGCCACUAAAAGAGUGCUUUCCAUACCUGAUGGAUCUUCUAGUAGACUUCCCAAGAUUGCUUCCUCAGAAGAUAAAUCUGCUCAAACAACUGCACUUUAGGAGGUAUCGUCAAGGGUUGUCCUUUCUUGCUCUAAUAGGAUUCAAACUAUCAAGAGAUUACUUAGAGCUAAAGGUUUUUCAAGAACCUCUGCAAGAGCAAUUUCAGAGUGCAGACAUGCUUCAUCCUCUGUUGUCUACCAGAACAUGUGGACAAUCUUCUGAACAUCGCAAACAGAAGAGAAUAUCCUCUUCUAUAACAACUAUUUAUAGCAGAGAUUGCAGACUUUCUUCUGUCACUCAGAAAGUCCAGAGGGUUAUCUAUGUCAACCAUAAAGGGCUACAGAGCUAUGCUCAACUCUGCAUUUAGACACAGAGGAAUAGAUUUAUCUACAAAUCAGGAUAUAUCAUAUUUGGUUUAAAUCCUUCGACACAAGUAAGCAGAAAGCAGAGCCAGUGGCCUGGAAUCUGGAUGUGAUACUAAAGUGGCUCUUAGGUCCCCCCUUUGAGGCCUCCAUCAAAAAUGUGACAAGAAAAACCCUCUUUCUGUUAGCAUUAGCUACAGCUAAGAGUAAGCAAGCUACAGGCUACAUAUAAAAGAGGUGGGUUCUCUGGGGGAGAUGCGAUUUGUUCACUUUCGCUUAGUUUUCUCAUGAAAAAUGAGAAUCCCAGCAGACCUUGGCCUCAUUCUUUUGUAAUAAAAGAUUUGUCAGAACUGGUAGGGUUCAGAGGAAGAAGAAAGAGUUCUUUGCCCAGUGAGAGCCUUGAAGGUCUACCUCCAGAGGACAGAAAAGACAAGAGGAACCUCUAGUAACUUGUAGACUUCAGUAAAAGACCCUUCUCAGCCACUUACAUAGAAUGUACUUUCAUUCUUUUUAAGAGAUCUAAUUAGAGAAUCACACUCAAGUAGGAGAAGAGUUUCUCCCUAUCCUCAAAGUGAAAGCACAUGAAAUCAGGGCAAUUUCCACAUCUUAGUGUUUAAGAACUUCUCCCUGGUAGAUAUUCUUCAAACAAUGUACUGGAGAUGCAAGUCAGUAUUUGCAUCACACUAUUUGAAGAACUUAGAGACAGUGUAUAGUUAGUGCAGUACCUUAGGCACCUUAUCAGUGGCUGGCAUGGUGUUGGAGAAAGGAACCUUGGAAGCAGCCCUUCCAUCCUUUUUAUUUAUUUAUUUUUUUUUUUUGCCUUGAAUCAAGGUUUCGAGUUAUUGGGAGUCUCUGGGUACUUAGUACCAGGAUAUCAACUAGUUUUAUUUUAUGGUUAAUGGUUGGAAUGACAUUUUUAUGGUGUAGGUAAUAAUGUUGUUUCUGGUUUGGUGUUGGUACUGUGCCUUGGGCAGGGGCAUUAGUUAUUAGUCUUUGUAAGUGUCUGGAACUGAUCUUCACUUCAAAGCUCCCACUGAGGUAGCAGGCAACCUAGGGCCAAACUGCCCCACCUCUACCAUGUAGGGGGCGCCAACCAGAGGCAGUAUCUUCCUGCAUAAGCUCUCUUACAUGGUAAAGAACAACAAGCAUUGGUACGAUGCAAGCCUUCUUUUCUAUUCACAAGUUCAUUUCUUUAUAAUGAUUUGGUGUAGAAUAGUCCUUGUAUCCCACCUCCUGUCAUUGUGGAAUCAGCUAUGUAAUUAGUACUUGGUAAGUUGCUUAUAUACAAAUAACCUUUUUAUGAUUAUAUAUACUUACCAAGUAAUUACAGAAUGGGAACCCUUUCUCCUCCCCUAAUGUGGAUUUAGGGCAUAAACAAAUUGAAACACCGGACUCAGUUGUUCUUCCCGAAAGUGGCGGGACUAGUUACCUACACCCAAAACAAAAGAAUCGUUAGUGCAAAUUUCGAAUUCUAGCUGCUGAUACUAGAAACUGUUAGCUAUGUAAUUACUUGGUAAUUAUACCUAAAAUUUUAUUUUAUCAUAAAAAUGUCACUUUUGAAUUUUGAUUGGGUUCACAAAUACAGUAACUAUAAUAGCAAUAAGGGUGUGCUUUACAUAAAUUUGUGCUGCUUAAAGAUACUCUUUGAUCAGAGCUGAGAAACCCUUCAAACCAUGAAUAUCAUGUUAAGUAAUUUUUACUAUUUAGUAUGCCAUUUCCUGUAAUAAAUGUGUUGUUAUCUAAGAUUUCCCAGAUUUCCUGGACAGUUGAGUUUUUUUAAUUUUAUCUUCUUUCAGUAGAUAUAAAUGUUAAAAUAUGCCGGAAUGACAAAUGAUUUCUAGAGUUCACAUAACAAUUUUUAUGUACUGUAAACCUACUUUUCCUGUACCGUUCAGCAUGGUAUAGAAGUAAAUUAGUACUAUAACAAUAUUCUGAAUUUUGUUCAUAUUUGUUGAGAAUGUAAUCUAGAUUUUCGAAGUUUAUAUGUUUUUGAUAUAUGAUAAAUACAUUUUUACUUAGAUUAUAUUUACAAACAUAAUUUUUCAAUAUCAAAAUUGAGUAAAGUACACUACCACAAUGUAAAACUUGUACUAUACGUAGUACAAACCAGUCCUCAAGUUAUUUUCCUACGCAAAAUAAAAUUAACACGAUUUU